GAGGUGGGAUAUCGACACAAACCCCGCUGCGGUGUUGGUUCUUCACGCGUGGCCUUUACACCUGAUCAGAUAUCUACAACUGCACCAAAUCUAUAUCUGCACUAGAUAUCAUAUAUAUACACUGCAUAUCAUAUAUACACCCACACAGCUCAAUUGAACUACAGCACAAUGGAUUUCACACCAGUACCAAUCAACUUCGACCCCGUCACCAAACACCUCUCGCUAUCCUCCACCUCCUCCCCCGACGACCCCCUCGCGACCGCCCUCUCGGCCGUCAACACCCUCCACCGGGACCUCAUCAACCUCAACGCCGACGUCCCGCCCCCACCAAACCAGAUCAACGGCCGCCUGACAGAGCAAGUGCGCAAGCUCAAGGACUCCGGCAACCAAGCCUUCAAGCGCACGGCCUACGCGGACGCGAUCCGCAUGUACACGCUCGCGAUCGAGAUGGCGCUGAAGCGGCCGGCGUGGGAGGCGGCGGGGUAUCAGCGCGAGGAGAUAUGUCUGCUGUACUCGAAUCGCGCGCAGGCGUACAUGUCUACUGCUGCGUGGGGGGAGGCGCUUGCGGAUUCGGAGGCGGCGAUUUUCUUGAAGCGGUCGUUUACAAAGGCGCAUUAUAGGAAGGGAAAGUGUUUGCAGAAUAUGGGCAGGUUGAGGGAUGCGAAGGAUGCGUAUGAGCUUGGGUUGGAGUCUGGGGCGACGGCGGAGGGCGGGAGUGAGGCGGAACUGAAGACGGCGUUGGCGGAGGUGGAGGAGCUGAUGAGGCAGAGUGGUAAUUAGUUUGGUCUUGGAUGAUUUUUUGUAUGAUAAUGAUAGAUAAUUGAUACAACUACUACAUG